CCAGAGAGGAGGCUGGGGCCCAGGAGGCGGAGGUGGCAGCGGGGGAUGCUCUGCGCGGACACCCGGGCCUCGGGAUGGCCCGGCUGAAGAGGAAAUGCAUCUGUGACCUGUGCACCUGCGGGCGGCAUCACUGUCCACAUCUUCCUACCAAGAUUUAUGAUAAAACAGAGAAACCAUGUCUACUCUCCGAAUACACCGAGAACUACCCUCUUUAUCACUGUUACCUGCCCAGAGACUCCUUCAAGCCCAAGAUGGAGUACCAGAAAGGGUCCAUACCCAUGGAAGGCCUGACCACAUCAAGGAGAGAUUUUGGGCCUCACAAAGUAUUACCAGUGAAGAUUUACCAGCCUGACCAGUUUGUCCCAAGUGAAGAGAACAUGGAUCUACUCACAACGUAUAAACAAGAUUAUAACCCCUACCCUGUCUGCCGAAUGGACCCCAUCAAGCCUCAGGACAGUAAAUACCCGUGUGGUGACAAGAUGGAGUGUCUGCCUACUUACAAAGCUGAUUACUUACCAUGGAACCAACCAAGACGAGAGCUCCUGCGUCCAGAACACCACUACCGGCCAGUAUCGACUCGAUUUGAUAGUAGAACUACACACCAGGAUGACUAUUCUGUAAAGAGCCGAGUGAACACCUUGAGUUGUAAGCCUCUGGCCGUGCCCAAGCUCUGUAACAUCCCCCUGGAGGAUCUGACUAACUACAAGAUGAGCUACGUGGCCCACCCAAUGGAGAAGCGCUUUGUGUACGAAGCAGAGAAGUUCAGACCCUGUGAAAUCCCCUUUGAAAGCCUUACCACCCACAAGGAAUCCUACCGGGGCCUGAGAGGAGAGCCAGCCAAGAGCUUGAAACCUGCGACCAGGCCCUGUGGUUUAGACAUGCCUUUCUCUAACACCACUGAGUUUCGAGAUAAGUACCAAGCUUGGCCAACGCCCCAGAUGUUCUCCAAAGUUCCUGUCACCUAUGUCCCUCCUGAAGAAAAGAUGGACCUUCUGACUACAGUGCAGGCCCAUUACACAUACCCUAAGGGUGCCCCAGCUCAGUCAUGCCGACCGGUGCUCUCAGUCAAGAAGUGUGGUCGCUUCGAAGGCUCCACUACUACCAAGGACGACUAUAAGCAGUGGCCUGGCAUGCGCCCAGAGCUAGUCAAGCCCGUUCCCCAGCUGAACAUUCCCACCGAGCCCUUGGAUUGUCUGACCACGACUCAGGCCCAUUAUGUGCCCCACCCACCCAUUAAUACCAAAAGCUGUAAGCCUCCCUGGGCCAGCCCCCAAGGAAAUAUCCCAGUGGAGGGCCAGACCACAUACAGCAUCAGCUUUACUCCUAAGGAUCUGGGCAGGUGCCCAGCCUCAUAUGCUGAGCCCCCUGGCUACAUCUUUGAGGAAACGGAUGCUUUGGGGCACAGGAUAUACAGGCCAGUGUCCCAGACAGGGUCUCCGCAGAGCAGCCGUCUUUCUGUAGGUGAUUCGGAGAACCCCAACCAGCAGGAGUUGGCAGUGUCAGCCUGAUUU